UUCCUCUGACUUCUCUGACAUCACACCACUGUCCCCCCCACUCCUACUCUUACCUUUGCUUUCCCAUAAUUAAACAUCAAUACCCCUCUCUCUCUCUCUCUCUCUCUCUCUCUACUUUUUCUCUUCUCUCAUCUCAACCUUUUAUGUGUUCAAGUACACAACCUUUGGUUUUUUCUCUCAUGAUCAUCCAUAUACUGAAAUCAAAGUGCACCACUGAAACAGAUUUCUGAAAUUUGAAAGAGAUGCAGCACAAGAGAUCUAAACUUCAGGAACGGUCGGCUGGACUUGGCUCAAUUUGGUUGUUGCUCGGAUAGAUUGAAAACCUUCUCUUCAUAUCACUGCUCAACUCAAUCAUGAAAUCACCAUACAUUGACCUUGAAGUGGAGGCCGCCUCAGAAAAUGAUUCUGAUAUCAGUAGCCAGGUUGCUUCCAACAUAUCCAUCCAGCAAACCUUCCGAGGUCCCUUUAUAGACGGCCUCAUUGACUCUCCCCGACUCACAAAUCCUGUGGGGACUCGAUCAAUUUCCGAACCAGUUUCUCUCGACUUAACUCUCAGCUUCAACACUAGUAACAGUGAGUCAGUGGGAAGGGACUCUGUAGGACUUCAAAUAUCGAGCACAAGCGAGAGUAGCAAUGAACCUGCAUCCGGAACUACAGCAGCAACCAUUCCGCGAGUUUUUUCUUGCAAUUACUGCAGGCGAAAAUUCUUCAGCUCACAGGCUCUUGGUGGCCACCAGAAUGCACACAAGAGAGAGAGAACACUGGCAAAGAGGGCUAUGCGAAUGGAUUAUUUCUCCGAGAGGUAUGCUUGCCUGGCAUCUCUCCCUCUGCAUGGACCUUCAUUCAAUUCCAUUGGAAUCAAAGCACACUCUUCAGCGCACCACGGCUUUGUGCCACCAGUGAGGCCGCUUGAAACCAGAGGCAGCCCAAGAUUCGAACACGGGCAUAUUGGUCCGCCAAUAUUCGUGGAGGACGAUGAGGCAGAGUUGUCAUGGCCUGGUAGUUUCCAUCAAUUCUCUCAAGUAGGCCAUGCUCAUCCGAGUUUCGUACUUCCCGGAAGUUCAAAUAUGAAUUUCUUAGAGCUGCCUUCCUCAGUGAACAUAGACGAACCUAUGCCGGAUCUCACACUGAGACUCUGAGAAUUUUGAUUGCUCAUAAAUGGCUUCAUCAUUCUGCUAGUUACUCUCUGUAAUUAUACCUUAGUUCUUUGUUUUUUCAAUCUAUGUUUUGGUGUUCUACUCAAAUUUUAUGCUUUCUUCUACUUGUAAGAUCUUCAUAAGGUUUUGGUAUGCAGUGCUGCUCAGUUUUUUGUGCAUA